UGACUCUGUUGUAACCGUCCACAUGACUAUCAGAGUAUGAGAAGAUGUCUGGAAUGACUCCAGAGCAUGUGUUCCGUCCGAAAAUCAAUCGAGUGGUUCCUGAUUUUGAAAGGCUUCAAGAGCGUUUCCAGAUGACCCUCCAAAAGAAGCGGAAUCAAAGCACAGUCAUCGAAAAGCCUCCGACCAUCAAUGUGAGCGCUAUUGGAGAGCCAAUAUUGCCAACCAAGACUAUGGGACGGAGCGACUCUGGCAAAUCGGGCGGUGAUCAAUCCGGUCAAGCUACAAGGCAUCCACCACCGGCUCUGAAAGCGCCAACCGCAUUGGCCAAGGAAACAGGCCCAAAGCUCAGAGUCUCCGUUGCUGGAUCCACGAAACCGAAGCCAACAAAAUUCCCUGUCGCUCGGGAAACCCACACCUCGGCACUUAAAAAGGAAUGUGUGCGACAGCAGCUCGAUCGAAGAGUGCAGGGCGAGCUCCGUGCAAAGCAGGAGGAGGAAGCAAAGCGUCGUCGGCUGAGAGAGCUUCGAGGAAAAAUCAGUACUCGUCUUCAGACUGAAAAAACCAAUACGGCUCAGCGAGAGCAAAGCAGAAUCGAGCAAUUCCAGCGAGAUCAGCGUCAAAGGCACCACGAGUACCGGGAGAAACUGAGGGAAAUCGACAGUCGCUUAGACAAUCGGAGGUGCCUCUUUGAGAGCUUUCCUCGUCACCAGGGCGCUCGAUCGGAACCUCCCACACACGAACGACCACACCCUUUGAGUUUCAAAGAGAUUUUACAGGAGGCUGGUCUCGAUCCUGCCGAGUUUACAACGAUCACACAGUGAAACAUGACGUGUGCUCUCGUCACUGCGUACAUCGUGUCGUUGGCGGACGACACGAUUGCCCGACCCCAGCGCAGUCCGACUGAUAACAUCUUUGGCAUCAAACCAAACCCUCUGGGUCAACCCACGUGCGUAAGGCACCCAAGAAUCAUGC